CUAGUUCGUGCACUGUACCACGUACUUCAUGAGAUGAGUUAUCGACAGUUCGAUAUAUGUGAUCUUCAAAAUCUCAGCGAUUUUUUCUAUCCCUUUGGCUUUCCACUUUUUCGUUUAUAAGCUGCUUCCCUGUAAAAGAUGCCGUCUAGUUUCUUGACUAUUUUCUGGAGCCUAGGACAUAUCUCAUAAACCGAAUUGCUAAAAGUUCCAUUUAAGUGUUUUUUAAGUUAGGUAUUUCCUUAUCUACAAGCCCUGCCGCAUCAUUGAGUGAUUUUCCCACAACUCCUUGAUUGUUCCAUAAAGCUUAUCACAAAGCUUACGGAGUGCAUCAUUAAGGACACGAUUCAAGUGGCCUUCCGGGUUGGAGGUCUUAUGAGCAUUAUUAAUUAAGCUGUUAUCAAAGGUCGCCUUCAGCUGCAUUACAGUUUCGCGGCAACUAUUGAUCAAAAUAUUACGAAACUACUCCUUAAUAACUUCAUUUACGUGAUCUAGACUUUCUUUGGUCGUUUCGUUAACAAUCGGUUUGACUGUUUUGAUUCGGUAAUACGUCUUGCUCAGUCUCAUGUCUUUGUUCAGUUGGCUCAAGCCGACUUCUUUGAUUCAAUGUUUAAUAACGUCGCUAACAAUAACGUUGUUUUGGCGUAUUGUCUUGUUGACGUUACGGUGCACAUUGCCAAUGAGUUCCUUAUUUGACUCGAUAAAGUCACGAACACUUUGGCUCUUAUUCUGCAGGGAAUUGAUUUUCUGAGCUGUAGCCGGCCGUAAACGGAUUACACCACAGCACAUCUAAAUGCAUGUUAAGUGUAUUAAUUGUUGUUUUUGUGAAUUUUACAAAUUUCUGUGUUAUACUUAUUAGUCAAGCGUUAACUACUAGAUCGGUUUUCUACCGAAUUCAGGGACGGUCAGAUAUACGCAUAGACCAAUACUUGUAGCCACACUAUAGCAAAAAGACCCUGAGGGUUAUCCGCGCGGAAAAUUUGGGAAAAUUGUCCAUUUUUCCCAUGAAAAAGUACACUUUCAACACUCUAAAACCACCUUGUCCAAAUGAGUUCACUAAACCGAGUAUAAGGUUUUGUGUUAUUUUCACUAGCUCGAAACAGUACCGCUAAGAUUGGUAUCCUUUCCUGUUUGGUAAUGAAUUACCUACUGGUUUACGUAAUUAAGGCCUAUCGCUAUAUCUAUUAUGUAUUUUGAUUGACAUUGAUUGUACUGAUAUCAAGCAAUUUGUAUAAAUUGUAAGUUCUAUUUGACGAGGCAGAGAACAAUAAGAAAAAAACAACUUAAGAGAUGUCUUCUAGUUUCUUUAUUGAAUUUUUUUCAUCAUUUUUUUUUGGAAAUGGACUAGCAAAAUUUAAGCAGUAGAAUUGACAAAACAAUUUAAAGCGUCGUCAGAUUCAUUUUUGUGGGAAAUUUGACAAUCUACCUUGGUAAGCAUGAAAUAAGGUAGUAUUAUGAGUAACACGAAUCACAAACCAAUUAAUCAUUUUAAUUUGCUUUAAUUUCGAGGGUCAACUUUUGCAGUUAAAGUAGGUGAAUAACAAACUUAAAAAAAUAACUCUAAUUUUUCCUUUUACUAUAACAAUCUGAUGUUUUGUAAGCGUGCAAAUAUAUAGGUGGGUUCUUUAAGUCUACCGUAAAGGUAGUUUAGUUGAAUCCACCAUUUUUGUUAUGAACGAAACCAGAAGAUAAAGGUACUGAUUGUAUCAGAAGGUGUAUAGCCCAAACAAGAUCCAAUUGUGUAUAAAAUACAUUAGACAAAAUUGUAUCUCUAUUACGGCAGUCGAAUAAUAUUAAUUCUUUGUGAGAAGGCUAUGAGAAGUAUAAACUUGGAGGCAGACGAAGAAGUAACAAAUGAGUUCGCUUUACUCCAUAAGUUUUUCUAUAGAAGUAUCAAUACCGUAUUGACACUAAAUAUUUAGCUAACCGAUGCAGCAAUUGAAUCUAAGGCCUAAAUAAUAUUAUAAUAUUGACGAUGGGGAAACGUAAACAGCAUCAUUUGCGAUAAAAGCAAACGAUAUCCAGGCUGGGAUCUCUCCAGCCAUAAUUGACGAGAUGCCAGUUGUGUGUCCAUGCAAACUGAUAUUAACUGGUUAAAACAGUAAAGCUACAUUUACAUGCAAUCUACCUAUCGACAAGCUUGGUUUAGUCAGCUGACUUCACAUGCAAAAUCUAGAACAUGGGCUGAAACAAAUGCUUAGAGGUAUUAGCCAGAGGUUCUCCACGCUGUAUCAGAUUCCUUCCUGGGAUGUUCCGCUGGCAUACGCGGAAAGACUAUUUCAUAUGGAUUCCGCUUUUAACCGACAACUAUAAAACUUAAUUAUAUAGGGUGAAUUAAAAAAUGAGAAAAGUGAUUUUCGAGCCUACGAGGUUUAGCUCAGCGAAUAAAAAAGGCUAGAGUCCAAUUCUGAAGAACUGGUGUGCUUUCUGAUCAAAAUGGGUCUUCAAAUGCAGGUUAAUAAUCAAAUGCCCAAAAUGGUGGCGAAGAUUGUGAGUGUUAUGUUUACUCAGCAGGUGGCGGUGGAAUCGUCGAUGUGAUUGCGUAAACCUGUAAAUAGCAAGAUAAUAGGAGUAACUUCGCAAAGCUUUACGAAGGCUUGCCUAGCUACCGUCUCCGACUGACCUAAAACCGAAACAUCCACAUUACCUACUCUUAUGAAAGGACCCCUAACUGAUCUGUGGGUGGCUGUCAAGGAGCACGUUAGGGAUGUCCAGACCUUUCAUCGACUUAGCACUACUCACUCUUGUGUAGGACAAACCGCUUCCAAGAGUUAUGAGAGGCCUUUGGCCUAGCAGGCAUAAAGGAAACAUAUGGAGGACCACGAAACUGUCCUCUCGGAGGUUCAUGUCGGGAUUCCAGGCGUCAGCUCAACAGCGACAAAUAUCAUUUCUCGUUUUGAGUUCGCUGUGCCCCGCGUAGCAACAUCGCCACUGGUGCGGCCUCAAUUGACACGAUCUUUUAGUAAGGACAGCAACGAGAUGGACACUGAAAUGUCAGCUCAAACAAUUUCUAUCGGUUAUGCUGUCGGUACCACGGAGUCAGAAAGCACAACGAUGAAGCUCUUAAAGCUAGAGAAUCCUUCCGGGGACAUGAACGAGAUAGAUAAAUAUUCAAAGGCCGACGAGACAACUGCUGCAGAUCAAUCUCCACCUCGUAAAACUCGGGCUAAUGAAGUGAUUCUCAUUGAACACCACAUGGCAACCCAUCUAGUCAAAGUCGGCCUUCAGGUAUGGCCAGCAGCGCUCCUCAUGGCUGAUUUUCUAAUUCAUCACGGCAGCAGGUGGAAAAAUUGCAUUAUGCUCGAGCUUGGUGGGGGAGUUGGACUAUGUGGUAUUGUGUCGGCCAUGUUCGCUCAACGAACGAUUUGCAGUGACUACCUAGCAGAAAUUGUUGAGUUAAUGAAACGAAAUUUCCAAAGAAACUCAACCUUGCUCAAAGGCGAGUACGAGUGCCGUCUAAUCGACGUGAGGUUUCCCUUAUUAACUAGCUUGAAGUCAUCGUAUUCUUCGUCUUCAACGUUAGCUGGUGUCACCGACAACGAAAUGCCAGUCUGUGAUGUGAUCUUCGCGUCGGACAUCAUCUACAGCGAUGAGAUUACCGAAGCAUUGAUGACCUAUGUUAAGAGUCUUCUCCGGCAACGGCCUCGGCGUGAAUUCUAUUUGUCGUUAGAGCGCAGACUGAAUUUCACGACGAAGACGCUCACCACUUCCUGUCCAGCUUAUGAUUAUUUUGUAGAGCUAUGUCAUCAGUUAUGUCUCGCAAGAGAGAGCGUUGAUAUUAGUCAAAUGCCAAGCUAUUUUCAGUAUGAGCGUUCUGCGUACUUGGAAAUGUAUCGCAUCACGUUAAUGCCCAACAAUAAAUAGCUUUUUUUGUUAGCUGAAGGCAGUAAAAUGGGAGACGAUAAUAAAUUUGAAUGAUUUAUCGAUUUAAAUACAUAGCGUACAGCUUGUAAGAUUAUAUGCGUGGCUUCGUGCGUAUGCGAAGGCUGGGCUUCAAGCAAAGGUGAGGUGGUGGACGAAGCGAGUUGAGCGAAUCUAAUAUUUCGUUGUCCGUAACAGAAUUAGACUGAGUGGUAAGUUUACAAGUAAAUAUAUUAUUGUGUAAGCUUCAUAAUGUUGAAGUCAUUGAAGUAAGUUUUGGGUGACCAUAAUUGUAUGGUAAAAAAAAACUAACGAUUUAAUAUCAACACGUUGUCUGAAUCUUCUGUUGGUUGCAUUGUGUGAGACUCUACAUGAUUUGAACUCGCAUAGAACUUCAAUGACCGAAUAAAUACCCGUUGAUAUGUGUUAUCGCUUCCAUUGUUUUUAUCACUAUAAAUAUCUAGCAAAAAUAUGUCCUGUUAUCAACGAAAUUUCCGUAGACAACUGAUAGGGCACAAUUGGGUGUUUUCAUCUGAUUGUUUCCCAAAUGAAAGCGAUCGUAUCCAAAGGUGUCAAGAAAAAAUACCGACUUUUAAACACCGCUUUAGUCUUCUGAUUUAAAAAUACGUUCUUCGUUCAUAAACGUCGGUAUACAUUUGGCCAAGAGACAUUUGGGUCAUUUGGAAUCACUUCCACAGUAGAGGACGCAGUGAAGACGAUUCAUAUAGCGACGCUGUAGAAUCGCGCAGUGGAGAAACUAGCUCUAGGCCCAGUGGGCCUGUACAGAUUCGUCCUUUGACCUAUGCAGUGUUUAAUCCUGGUGCUAUCUAUAGUCAGGCUGUAGACAGGGUUGCUUAACCUUGUAGCAGAGGACAAGCCACCUUUGUGUGAUGCGCAUAUGAGUGGAGAACUGGGAUAAUUUGAAUUACGCUGGUGCGUUCGGUGACAGGUGAGUGGAUAGAAGAGCAGAGGUUAGAAAAAUUAAUUCUGGUCUUAAAAGAUAUUUAUGCCCACGUGACACAGGUCUUUAUAGAGUAUAUGCGCUCCGAACUGCAAACUAUCGGUAUUCUGUUUUAGAUUGUUACUACCUAACAAAUACUAGCCACUAAUAUCAGAU